AAUUACACCAGAGGAGCCCACUGAGGGAAGACCAGGAAUAAACAGCGAGCUCAAGAUGUCCCAGGACAGACAGAUGGCUCAGGAGAUGGGUGAGCAGGAUCCCCUUGCUGCUGCCAAGGAGAAGGAAGGACCACCAGAGGAUGCUGGAGCAGAUGAACCAUUGUGUCCCCCAUCAACUCCUUCAGGGAUGGGGAUCCUAGACACCCUGCCCAGCACCUGGGCUGGGAGCCAGGAUGCCCUGGGAGAAGACAUUGCUAGGACAUCAUGCCUGAAGGGUGCUGGGCCCCCUAAACCACCCCCAGUACUCUCUGAGCCCAAGGGGGCCAUUUCCAGCCCUCACUCAGGCUGCAGGAGGCAGGACACACAGCAGAGGAGCAGUAAGGACGACCAAUAUGAUGGCUCUUCCAGCUUGGUGUGGGGAGCCAAGCCAGGGAUGUUAUUCCAGAAGGACAGGGAGAGCAGCCCUCACUCUCUUAACCUGUCCUGGGUGUUUGGCUACAACAGCCGCCUGGCUGUGCACGGCCUGAUGGACGGGGAGGACCGGGUGCUCCUGUACGUCUCCUCCCACACAGUGGUCAUCCACGAUGUCCUGGGGAACAGGCAGUACCACCUGCAGGGCCAUGCAAAUGUCAUUUCUUGUCUGUGUGUGAGUGAGGACAAGCGCUGGGUUGCGACUGCUGACCGAGGGCCAGACGCUCUGAUCAUUGUGUGGGACUCCUUCUCUGGGGUACCGGUGCGCACCAUCUUCGAGAGCCACCCGGAGGACGGGGUCUGUGCUAUCGCCAUUUCCCGGGAUGCAAAGUAUCUGGUGACCAUUAGUGCUGGCACAGUGCAGAGAGUUUGUGUUUGGAGGUGGACUUUGCCCACCGAGAAACCCCUGUGCAGCACAGAGCUGAGGCCUGAGUUUGGGUAUCAGAAUUAUGUAAUUUUUAACCCUCAAGAUCCCCAUGAGUUUGUCAGCAACAGCAAAACCCAGGUGAUAUUUUACCUGUGGGGUGAUGCUGGUUUGCAGUAUGGAACACCAUUCCUGAGCAUCAAGACCUUCAGGAGUGUGGUGGGACGCUUCAGCCAGUCAGUUUUCCAUUUUAACAACUCCCAAGCUCUGACGGGCACCUCGGCCGGGAAGGUGGUGGUGUGGGAUGCGGUUGAUCCCCGAACUGACCCCAAGGAGCAGCAGGCCAGGCCUCUCGGAAUGACCCCCACCAAAAUAGUGUCUGUGCAGAAGGAGAGUCUCACCGUGCUCCAGGUGUUGGAGAGCUGUAUAGUAACAGGUGAUGUGAAAGGGCACAUUAAAUUCUACGAUGGGGAGCUCCGGCUGCUCAGCCUCUACAGCCACAGCAAAGUGGGUCCCAUUCGGUCCCUCUCCUUCUCCACAACCCUUUGUGAUCCUCCUGAUGCCUUCCCAGCCAGAAGCCAGCCCUUCCUCACCAGGAACUUUAUCCUUUCAACCUCUGAUGCAACUGUGUUCCAUGUUGCAACAGACAGCGCAAACUUUGAAAAAGUCCUGGAAGAGGCGAAGAAAGCUGUGAGUGCCAUCGCCUGUCACCCGCAGCAGACCCUGGUGGCCGUGGGGAGUCUCUGUGGGCUGCUGAAGCUGUGGGACUACCGGCACACGGAGUACCUGGCUAGCAGGAUAUUCCCCGAGGCUGGCAUCCAGUGCUUAGCCUAUGACCCUGAAGGUUAUUUUCUGGCCGCUGGUUUUACUGAUGGAAGCGUUCACAUCCUCGAUGCGAUUUCCCUUCAGUCCAGCUGCGAGGAACUCCGGUUCUCGCGGGGUCCUGUGACUAACAUCAGCUUCUCUCACAAUUCCCAGUACCUCGCAACCGCUGAUGAGAAAUAUUCAGUGAUCGUUUACAAGAAAGUCCUGCAAGAGGGGCGCAGAUGCUGGGAACACCUGGCAGGGCUGGACUCCCACUACAAACCCAUCCGGAGCAUCCUCUUUGGAGUCCAGUCAGGCAGCAACGAGCCCAGGCUCCUGAGCCUCGGGGAGGACCGGCAGCUGGUUGAAUAUGACCUGAGCAGCAGCAUCAAGGACCACCUGGUGGUCACACACAGGGACCGGGUGGAGCAGAGUGCUGUGCCCCUGUGCUUGGCCUGGUACCCACAGCUCAGCACCGAGUCCUUUAUCCUCACUGCCAACAACUGCUACAAAAUGAAGCUCCUCAACACAACAACCAAAAUGUGCAGAAAGACCCUUCUGGGACCAACCUAUGGCUCCCCAUUGGAGAAGAUACAAAUCCUCCCAGCAACAAGCACUGCAGACCCCAAGCAGUACUACCUGGUGUACAUUACAAAGGACAAGGUGGGCUUGCAGAUUUUGCCUGUUGAUGGCAACCCCCACAAGUCCUCAGCCUUCAUUUGCCACCCAGAUGGUGCCUCUGACCUUGCCAGCUCCUAUGACGGGCGUUACAUCUUUACAGCGGGGGGGAGCGACUGCACUGUUAUGAAAUGGAAAGUCAACCUAAGUGCCUUGGAUGCUGCUGCUUUCCUGGGUGGGGAGGACAUGAUCCCAUUCUACAACCUCCUGGAUGGUGGCAGAGAAGGCGAAUUCUUCAGGGAACUGGAAGACUAUUUUUACUAUGCACAGAUAUGCAGCCAAGGUACGAAUACACUGGAGAACAGACAGGUGUCAGUGCACAUUCCCUUGGAGGAAAUUCCUUCUGUAAUGAGAGCAAUAGGAUUUUAUCCAUCAGAGGAAGAGAUUGAAGAAAUGAUAAAUGAGGUAAAAUUCAGCAAGUGCAUGGAUGGUGGAGAACAAGUGACAGAAAUCAAUUUGGAGGAUUUUAUCAAACUUUAUAUAAAUCAUCGACCUGCGCUUGGCUUGUCGAUGAAAAGCCUACAACGAGCGUUUCAGGUUCUUGGUUAUGAUAACGAGAAGGGAGACAAAGUUAUUGACAGAGGAGACUUACUGUCUCUGCUUCAGUGCAGAGGAGAGCAGAUGACCGAGGAUGAGCUGGCCCAGUGUCUGACCACCCUGCUGGGCAGGCGACCUGGGAGACGAGGAUCUGAACCAGACAUCCACGAUCCCUCAGGUGCAGCAGCUUUGAUUGAAGAAGAAAUUCCAGAAGAAAUCACAGCAGAGAUAUUUGCUGCUGACAUUCUUGGCUUACCUAUUGCUGCACAAGAAAAAAAGAACGGAAGGAAAGAGGCGAACCUCUGAUCUACAAAGACUCGGAAUCACAGCUGCCACAAGGUUUUCUGUUCGUUCCUUCUUUCCAGACUCCUCUCCUCAAAUAUCUGCAAAAUUUGUGUUUUAUGUUUAUUAGAAAGUAAAGGUCGCAUAGUUGCAUUUCAGUCAAACUCUAGAAUAAACCCCCAGUUUAGCACACGCCACAAACCUGUAAUUUCCCACCUAUGUAGGGAAACACUGGGGUGGCUGUAGAAUGAAGCAGGUGGCCACCCCAGCCUUGGCUGGAGCCUUCCUAGAAUUUAUUUCAGGUGGGUUUAUGCCAGAUGCAGUCUAUUUUCAUUAUGUUAAGACAGUAUUCAUUUGUGAAACCUGACAGCAGAAGAGCGAUGUAAAAGUACUGUAUUGAUUAAAUACAUUGAUAAAUGCUUGGACGGGUUAGAAUGGAUUUGUAAUUAUAAAUCCAACAGACCCCGGUAAAGAAAGGAACGCUGUGAUGUACAUUAAAAUCAGGUUUCCCUUUUGGCCUUUAAAACUGACUUUUUCUUUCUGAAAGUAGUAAUUCCAAUUAGUAGUGUAAUACCAAUGGGACGGCAUCGCACUGUGUGUGUAUAAACAGCAUAAUGAGGCUGAUACAAGUUGCUGUAGAAAGAUCAGUGAAGUGCUGUUGAACACGGCUUCCUUCUUUACAUCAUCCUCGGCAUCAAUUUGAAUAAUAAUGUAGGCCCUUAAGAAGCGUUCCUUUCAGAGGCAAUGUUUUUUAAACAGAGAUCGCUGUUGUGUACUGAGAACAUCUGUGAUUGUACAAUUAGCAAGAGCAGCAAGGUGUGCACUAGGGGGAAGUUAAUGAGGGAGUCCAGCAGUAACAGGACCAGAGAACGCAGGUCUGUGACAAACGUCCUGCAGAGCAUCACCUCACAUGUAACUCUGCCCCUUUACCCUUCAUGUACUU